GUGGCCAACAUGGCGUCCCUCAGCGAUGCUCCGGUGUUCGUCUGUUUUGCACUUUUCUCUCUGAGCGGUGUCUCCUGCACGUUUUUAUCCCAUCCGUGUUACAAACCCAUCCGAGACGACAGACCGGAUUCUGUCCGGACGCGGGCCCGGCCGCACGAGACCGCGAAGGCGUCCGACCUUCCUCCGUCGUGGGACUGGAGGAGCAUCCAGGGGAAGAACUAUGUGAGCGUCACGAGGAACCAGCACAUCCCGCAGUACUGUGGCUCCUGCUGGGCCAUGGGAGCCACGAGCGCGCUGGCUGACCGCAUCAACAUCAAGCGUGGGGGGGCGUGGCCGUCGGCGUACCUGUCCGUCCAGAACGUGAUCGACUGCGGCGGGGCGGGCUCCUGCUACGGAGGAGAUCACCUGAGAGUCUACGCCUACGCACACCAGAGAGGCAUUCCUGAUGAGACCUGCAACAACUACCAGGCCAAAAACCAGAAGUGCGAGCUGUUUAACCAGUGCGGCACGUGCUCCUUCUUCGAGUCGUGCGCCGUGGUGAAGAACUACACCGUGUGGAAGGUGGGCGACUACGGAGAGGUGUCUGGACGAGACCGCAUGAAGGCCGAGAUCUUCGCCAACGGGCCCAUCAGCUGUGCCUUGAUGGCCACCAGCGGUCUGGAGGAUUACGCCGGAGGCACCUUCUCCGAGUUCCACGCUCUGUCUCUGCCCAACCACAUCGUGUCGGUGGCCGGCUGGGGAGUGGACGGCGACGGCGUGGAGUACUGGGUCGUCAGGAACUCCUGGGGCGAGUUCUGGGGCGAACACGGCUGGGCCAGAAUCGUCACCAGCGCCUAUAAAGAGGGGAAAGGAAACUGGUUCAACCUGGGGAUCGAGAAAAACUGUGCAUACGGAGAUCCCAUCGUAGCGUAGAGGACAGUGAAGGCUGAACAAUGACAUUACUGCAUCAGUAAAGUUCAGUGUUCAGUGAGGCUGUAAAUACUUCACAGACAUUUACAAGCUUUUAAUUACAGAUAUUUAGAAUAACUUCAGUGCAAAUCCAGUCUGGACAGGUUCCCAUCCCCCCUAAAUCCAGGUUUAAAUGUGAGAUAUGUAAGUGUUCAAAAAAAAAAAAAAAAAUUCUGCUGUUCCUCCUUUUCAGCUCCAUUAUCACACAUUUCAAAAAGAGACUAUUUUUUCCCUCUAAAAUA